AUGUAUUGUGCCAUCGAUGGCUAUGUGUAUGAUCUUGGGCGCUACCUCCACUCCCACCCGGGCGGCGCUCAGAUGCUGUACCAAUACGCUGGCCGUGACGCGACCGACGAGCUUCGCUCCGAGGAUCCAGACUUCUACAGCGAUUUGGCGCCGUAUGCGGGCGCCGAUUCUACCGACGCUCUGAAAGCCGCGAAAGCCCCCCAUGCUCUUGUCCGGCUUUUUAGCAGAGACGACCUCGUUUGUGCCAAGAUUGUUCGAGGGACAAAGAAACCUAUCGCACCUCCUGAGCUACGCAGACAUUGUCGCAUACCUAGUGCAGAUGAGCGACGGCGGGAACCCAGAGACUGUGAUACGGACUGGCGGGUUUGGGUAGCCGUCCCCGAGGUGGAUGGAUCGGAAAAGCAUAUGGUCUACGACGUCACUUCCCGGGAAGGGCAGGUCCAAAGUGAAAAACACGGGCGCAAACAAGGACACGGACGCCGAGACGUUGCAGGCUCAAAGAGGCGAGUCGGUGCUGUUGAUAACAGCAACUCGGAGAUCAUCAGCAAGCCGAAGCGGUUCAGAACUGGGUGA